AUGGUUCAUUUCAGCGUUUGGAUCUCCCUGGGUGCUGCCCUUUUGGCCACCUCUACACCAGCAUAUGCCCAAUUACCACCCAACUCCCACUUCCAGCGCGAUGCCGCGGGCGCUCGGGUACGGACCAGCAGUGGCUUGAUUGAGGGACACGUUGCAUCGCGACCGGGGGUGUUCGAGUAUCUGGGGAUCCCUUAUGCUGCUGCGCCCACGGGAGACCUCCGAUUCGCUCCUCCGGUCCAAUACCGCGGCAAUGGCACCGUCCUUGCCAAUGCUUAUGUAUGCCGCAUGAUGCAGGGUUCCAGGAACAGACUAACACUUUUGGAUUGUCCCGCCAAUAUUGGAAGUGUCCCGCCUUUCCCCGGCCUGACGCUGCAAGCACCAACCAUUAUCAGAACCUUUGCUCAACAAUUAGGGACUCCCCAGAGUGAGGAUUGUCUCUACUUGAACGUAUGGACUAAGCCCACACGCAAGCUGAAACCGGUGUUGGUUUUCAUCCAUGGUGGUCGAUUCAGCGUUGGUGGAGCUCACAGCCCCAUGUACGACGGCGAGAACUUGGUCGCUGAGAAUGAUGUCGUCGUGGUCACCUUCAAUUACCGGUUGAACAUUUUUGGUUUCUCGGGAGCCCCUGGCCUUACCCAGAACGUGGGUCUGCUGGACCAGCGCAUGGCCAUUGAAUGGGUGCAUCGCAACAUCGCCGCGUUUGGAGGCGACCCUGACCGCAUCACCAUCUUCGGACAGUCUGCCGGAGGCGCCUCGGUCGACUACUACUCGUACAUCUGGACGGAGAAGCCGCUCGUCCGCGGCCUCAUCUCCCACUCCGGUACCGCGCUGAGCCUCAAGCCCAACACGGCCGAGGAAUCCGCCAGUUACUUCUAUCACGUCUCAAACACUCUAGGCUGCGGCAACAGCACUGACCCCAUUGACAGUGUGGUAGAGUGUCUGCGCGAGCAGUCAUUCCAAGCAAUCCUCGGGGCCGUGAAAAAGGUCCCCUUCGCUCCCUCCCCCGCGCUUCCUCAACCCCAAUUCCAUCCUACCGUGGACGGGGUCACGGUGUUUGACAACUACGCCGAACGCUCCGCGCAGGGCAAGUUCAUCAAAGCGCCAUACCUCUUUACAAGCAACGACAACGAAGCAGGCUACUACCGCAUUAACGCCUUUGCUGCGAAGGUCUCGCUCACCGACGAGGAAUGGCACCGGUUCAACCUGGCCGCGUUCACCUGUCCGACCGGCCAAGCGGCGGUCGAUCGCGCAGCACACGGGGUCCCUACUUGGCAUGCGCGGUACUUUGGCGACUUUUGGAAUCUGAGACUGUAUCCGACCAGCGGGGCUUAUCACGGUGCCGAUCUGCAUAUGGUCUUUGGGACGGCCGAGAAUGUCACCGGCAUCCCUGAUUCUUCUGUGGAGAAGCGGACAAGCAGGUAUAUUUCGUCUGCUUGGGUGAAGUUUGCGACGGAUCCAGAGCGGGGGUUAGAUCACCUUGGAUGGCCGAGAUAUUGUGCUGACAAGAACACACUGAUCGGACUUGCAUAUAAGAAUGAGACGCGGGCGCAGCUGUUGAAGCCGACUGUGUACCAGGAGGGCUGUGCUGCACUGCACGGCGACACGACUCCAGGAAAGGGGGCUUUCUAG